AGUUCAGCACGGACCAUGACCGGCGCAUCGCGGCUUGCUCUAUGAGCGGCGGCGAAUGUAGCCCCAAAAAAAAAAGCAUUCUUCCGACUCCGAAGACCUUCUUCGCGAUACCCCAUCCGCAUUUUUCCGCAGUCAUCCACCAUCUUCCAACGACUCACCGACGACACAUAACACCGAAAUUUUGGCGACAAUGGCUUCUGUUCUUGCUAUCGGAGGUGGCGCUGCCGUCGCAGCUUUCUUGUGUUUCCUACAGGGCCGAGCAGGUCUGGUCGCAUGGCGCCGAUCACGCGGCGGCGUGGGCGCGAUGGGCAAGGCUUUCUACAAGGGCGGUUUCGAGCCCAAGAUGAACAAGAAGGAGGCCUGUCUCAUUCUGUCCCUUCAGGAGAGCGGCGUCACUCGUGACAAGAUCCGCAAGCAGCAUCGCACCUUGAUGCUCCUGAACCAUCCCGAUCGAGGCGGUAGCCCGUACCUCGCGACCAAGGUCAACGAGGCCAAGGAGCUGCUCGAAAAGACAACAUCCUGACACUAGCCGUCAUUAUUUCGGUUUCCGAAAAUCUGGAAUGUAACAACAAGCACGAACAACAUACGAAGGAAAAAAUAAGAUGCCAUGGUU